AUGAAAUCAAGGUAUCCUCACAGCAACCCCCCGCCACCCCCAUACUCCCUCCUCCCAACCUCCCAACCUCCAUCCCCGCCCUCUCCCCCCUCUCCCCCCUCCCCACUCAUCCCCCUAACCCCCCUCCCCUCCCAAACCUCACCAACCUCCCUAACGCACCAACGCAUCCUCCACCGCGCCCUUCAAGACUUCCACCGCUCAUCCAACCCUUCCCACUGGGGUCUCUACCGCCACGGCCUCCGUAUCCACGUCCCCGAGAAAGAAGAAGAAGGGUGGGGGAUGUGGGUUCUGAGGAUUUUUGGGGCUGGCGAGGCUAUGGUGCUGGGUUUUGAUGGGCCUCCAGGUGCUGGGGUGGGGUAUAUCAGGGCUGGAGUGGGCGGUGGGAUGGGGGUGCCGUUCGGUAUGUAA